AUGGCGCCUAUUUUCGUUAGAAUCGAGUUCUGUCCGCGUGCUCACGGCCCAAGCUCACUCCCGGGAACACGCCACCAAGACUACACUGUACCUGUUAACAUCGAGCCUGUCCGAACAACACUUGAUGGCUAUCGCUAUGCUCUGUUCAUGGCUUUGCAGAAAUACAAAAACCUGAAUAUGGGUCUGGAGAACCUCAGAAUCCGGUUUCAUAAGGCCUCUCAGUCGUGUGCUAGCAUUUUGGAUGCUGGCGAGAUCAAGACGGAUACGUACAAAUGCCGGGAAGAUGACAAGUGGCAUCCAAGUGAUGUGGCGAAAACGUUGAGGGCGCAUGUUCGGGAUCUUCAGAAUCGGCGUGUCUCUUUGCAUGAGAUCACAGAAGAGCUGCGUGAGGAUGAUGAUGGGGACCAACAGGAGAAGGACAAUAAGAAUCAGAAUCGGAGUCAGCAUCAGGAGGAGGAGGAUGAUGAUGAUGAAGGCGACGAGGAUGAAAGGAAAAGCCGCAAGAAUCCGUCUGCUAAAAGAAAAACGUCUGGGAAACAAGAUGAUGACGACGACGACGACGAUGAGGAUGACGAUGAUGAUGAUGACGGACCAGAAGAAGAACCUCGACACCUCUGUGUGCGAUUCUGUCCCAAGCAAUUCGAUCGACCCCCUAUACCUUUGAGAGAGUCUUUCGUCAGGGUCGACCUUCCAGACUGUACUGAAAUCAAGGAUGUAAUCACAAAGCUCAUGAGGAAAGUCCGACUCUUACGGCCUGAUUUUGCGUAUGAUCCUACGACUGACCGAGUUCGGUCUCAUCGAACGGGGAAGGAUACUUGUCAAGAGGACCUUUCGUUCGAAACUCUUCUGUCUAACUACACGGUUUCAACUACAGCUCCGGACAUUCCUUUGUGGGAGUCGAAGUUGGUGGCAAUUCAUUUCGAGAGCAAGUCCAAACCAUCUGCGAAGAGCACCGGGACGGCCAAGGUAGAUGCAAGUAUCAAGAAAACAGGGACAGGGCGUGCCGUACCUGAGGCUCACCGCGGUGGCAAGCGCCCGGACAGUGGUCGCAGACCUCAAAGUGAGGGCGGAGAUCAAACUGUUGGGCAAGAGAACGAUAGGCGAACAGCAGAGAAAGGAGACGAGGGUGCACGCUAUUUCUUCAUCGAUCUAUGCACUCAAUUCCAUCCUCGGGGUGGACCAAUAAAACUGCCUAUGACUUGUGUGAGAGCUAAUCCAACGCAUACGACCUGGGCAGAAAGUGGCAUCAUAAACGAGAUUCUAAGGCUUGCAGAGGGUUUGGCAGGACGACAAAGUGUCAGGGUAAUAUUCCACCCGCGCCAAAAAUGCAACGAGCGGCUCGGUUUUCGCCAGGCCCUGAGAGAUCACAAUUUCAAGACUACUACGCCGCCAGAUGUGUUUUCACUUGCACGGGACAAAGUUAUUUUUAUUCACUUCGAGGAUCCAACUACGGGAAGCUCUGCCCAGGCAAUCAACAAGGCCGCUACCAGCAGUUCACAGCCGGGUCAAAACAGAAACCGUGCCAGUGCUGCGGGUGAGAACAACAGGGGCGAUCGUAGGCACUCGAACCUCGUGGGAAAUCGACCACAGGCCGAGGCCAACAAGCGUGGAGGAGAGCAUGUCAACAAGAUCGGUCGGCGUCCGGACAGUCCCAAAGCGAAGAAUCAUGGAUAUGGUGGAGCUCGUUACCUUUCCGUACAGGACAUCGCAUCUUGGGUCGCGAAUGCCAUUAGGAGCGACAUCUCGUUCGACUACGACCCACGCACGCACAACGUCAGAUUCCACAGACCCGAUGACUUGGAAUGCGUGGAAAGCUUGAGCUUCAACCAGAUUUUGGAGGAACAUACAACGUCGUCUAUGCCGACACUCUUUGACCUGAUGGGACAGAGGAGGAUUCUCGUCAAGAUUCACUUUGAGGGUACUCCAGAAUUGUUCAACAAUCGAACCCAACCAAAGGCUGCUCAGCGGCAGUCCAACAGGAAGGUUGACAAGCGCAGUGCUUGUGACGAUGAAGAGGAUGGGAUCGAUGAUCCCGUUCGGCACGAAGGCUCAAGAAAGCGCCAGAGCCAGAGCAUGCUGGAACGUCCAGCCAAACGGAGCAAAGGGGCUGGUGAAUCGACAUCUACUGACACAGAAGAUGCAGGAGUCGACGGAGACAACGACCAAGCAGAGGACGAACCGGAACAAGAAGAUCACCAGGGCGACUUUUAUCCAGACGGUGCAGAAGAGGAGCUGUCGACAGAAGAGGAGGGCGAAGGAAAAGGGCCGAAUCCCGAGAAUAGCUCUGAUGAAGAGUCAGUUGAAGCCAAUGACGGCGCAGACGACCUCAACAUCUGUUCAGUCCCACACGUUGACCUGCAUACUCGGGAGAUCGUAAGAAUCGGGAUUUUAGCAACCCCGGAUGAUGCUAGGAGGCCGACCAAUGCUGCAUUGCCCAUGAGGAGGAUCGUUGUGGCCAUGGUAGAGAAGGUCAAGCGUUGGUGGCCGGUCACGCUCCUCGCUGUUGAUUCCUGGAAGAUAAUGAAUCACCGAAUUGGAGACUACCCCUCAGGAGAUCCGUGGGAGCUUGAAGAGGGAGAACAAGACCCUAGGUUCACGGCAGAUCAAUAUUGGAGGCCCUUUUGCACAAAUAUGAACACACUCAAAAGGGAGCUUCGUAACUAUGCGCGAGAUGGCCGGGCCCAGCAUCGUCAAGAAGUGUCGGACAAUGAGUCCGAAAGAUCGGCGUCCCAACUGGAUCGCAAAAAGGUCCCACGUCGGCCGAAACGACCAGUUAAAGCACCUAUGCGGCCAAAUGUUCGACAAGCUAACAGUAUCGCUCGGGAAUGGAGAGAUGAACUUUCUGAGAGAGUCGACUGGAACCCCAAGGAUCGCAUUGACGCCGUCAUUUGCUUUGCGAACGCACUAACAGGAACCCGUUUGGAGACUUAUCGCAAUUUUCAGGCUUCGAUGCCACUCGUUCAAAAAUUGGACUCGUUUCGAAAAUACAUCAAAAACACGCGGCUCAACGACAAGAAGGGCACUUUGAAACACUUCAUUCGGCACAAGCGCCUGAAUUGGUGGGGCGAUUCUCAGGUUUGGGUCAUGCGAGUGCGCGAGGGUACACCGGGCUUGGAUCCAAACAGGGCAUACUGCUGGGACAACGAGAGACAUAGGAGCCUCGAAAUUGGUGAAUUCUUCAAUCCCGACAAUGUUGAUGCUCUGGACGUUGCCCAGGUGUUCAUCGAGAUCCGCAUAGUCGAAGAUCCGCAACAGGACAAAACAGUACGGUUGGAAACCGAGCCAAGAGGCACAGGUCGCUGCAUCCUCGAUGAUGCCGAAGAUGUCGGCUGGAUUGCCGACGAUGAUGAGAAAUGGACUAUGCCGCCUUGA